AUGACGGACCGCUACAACAUCCACAGCCAGUUGGAACAUCUGCAGUCCAAGUACAUCGGUACGGGCCACGCCGACACCACCAAGUGGGAGUGGCUGGUCAACCAGCACCGCGACUCGUACGCCUCCUACAUGGGCCACUUCGACUUGCUCAACUACUUCGCCGUGGCUGAGAACGAGACCAAGGCCCGGGUCCGCUUCAACCUCAUGGAGAAGAUGCUGCAGCCGUGCGGGCCACCGCCCGACAAGCCCGAGGAGGCCUGAGACGAGUAGCGCCCCAGAACCACAACCAACCAACUCGCCUCUUACUGCCUGGGUCUCCUAUUUCCUAUCUGGCCCAUCUCACAGAAGGCUUGCCUUUGAUUCAGUUUGUUGCAAUAUCGAAAAUACCACGAUGCAGUCAGCAAAUCAAAUGGAUUUUCUUUGCUGGACUUAGUAAUUUUCACGAACACAGCUAACCCAGAGACCAAACCAGACAAUCAUCAAAUUAUAACAGGAGUGUUGCAAGGGGCAUAAUUGGAAGACUUGUUCAAUGAUAAAGGCUGCCUACUUUAAAAUUUGAUAAGAUGUUCCACAGUGCCUCUUGUCCAGAGAAUUGGAAUCAAGCUAACCCCACAGCUGCAUCCAACAAAGAAAAUCUUGCAUCUGCUGCUUGUACCGAUAAUGAAAUGUUGCAUCUGGAUCUUUUAAUAAGAAAUUUUAAUCUUCAGAAAUAAUCUUUUCAAAUAUGGAAGAUUACCCAAUUGGAUUAUGUAUCGAUAUCUAAACCUGAUACUGGAGUGAAGACCUUGAUAGAGACCACGAUGAGAAUCACUUGAUGGCAAACUGGGAAUUGACGAUAAAUGAUUUCUGUGAGUAGAUGAAACAGAGGGUGAAUGCAAAACGCUGCAGAAGAUCCCUUUUCAGCAAAUAAACUCUACCAGACCCCCUUCAGCUUGAUAAGCCUGAUUUAAAUAUACAACUCCUAGUAAGAUGCAGAAGGCAGCUACCUGGAGAAAAGAGACAUGACAUGUCACGUGGAUUAAUUGAGUGGAACGCGAGUGGAAAAUAAUUGAACUUUUGCAAGUGGAAAACAAUUUUCGGAAUCAAAUCCUCAAAUAUCCCUCAGUUCGGCUGCAGAGAGGCUUCUUCUGGAGGAAGUUGUGUUUCAUCAGAUAUUCUGUCCAUUCAUUUACUGCAACACAGGAGGCCAGUCAGCACACUGCAUCAGUGUUGGCUUAUCAUUCAGCAGUAAGGAUUCCGGGGCUACUUUUGACAGCUUGCUAAAUGAUUAACCCAUUGUUGAUACGUUCAAGAUUCAAGCAUCAGCUCCAGUUAAAACUUUUUUUUAAAUGCCGUUGUGGAUUUAUUUUUAAAAUGAAACUGCAGAAACUUGUGAAAGUGUAGUCUGCUCCAAUGUAUUUCACUGACAUAAUAAAUGGUUUGCAAUUAUUUUGACAAUCA